GCAGAGGCCGGAGAACUGCUGUUUGGAAAGGAUUCUAACUCUUGAAGUGUAAUACGCAGUGAAUUGGCUGAAGCGCUAGAAGUUAAUGAAUCUUUGCAGAUUGCAUAUCCCAGCAAGCAAUACUAGCACAGUAAUUGCAGCGGAAAUUGCUGACUGAAGCUCGCAGUUUGCUGCACUGGUGUAAACAAGACAUCGAGCUGCUGACUGCUGUUCUUGCUCCGGAUAAAAAUGUCUAUUUUAAUGACAAUUGGAAGCAUCGCAAUAGUAGGCGUUCUUUCAGUAGCAUUGGCUCCAUACAUCAGGAGGUAUUGUGCUGGGGGAGUGUGUAAGUCAGCAGCCAAGCUCGAUGGGAAGACUGUGCUCAUUACCGGAGCGAACACAGGAAUUGGGAAGGAGACAGCCAGGGACCUGGCACGCAGAGGUGCUCGUGUGAUCAUUGCCUGUCGAGAUCUAUCAAAGGGAGAAGCUGCUGCCUCGGAGAUCCGUGCAGAAACGGGCAGCAAGCAGGUGCUGGUGAGGAGGCUGGACCUCGCUGAUACCCGCUCCAUAAAGCAAUUCGCAGAGGACUUCUUGAAAGAGGAGAAUCGGCUUCACAUCCUGAUCAACAAUGCUGGGGUGAUGAUGUGCCCCUACUCAAACACUGUGGAUGGUUUUGAAAUGCAGUUUGGAGUCAACCACCUGGGUCACUUCCUCCUGACUCACCUCCUGCUGGAUCUCCUGAAGGAGAGCGCUCCCGCCCGCAUCAUCAAUGUGUCCUCACUGGCGCACAACUUCGGGCGAAUCAAAUUUGACGACCUGCAGAGUGAGAGGAGCUACGAGGGGGGGCUGGCCUACUGCCAGAGCAAGCUAGCAAAUGUGCUGUUCACCCGUGAGCUGGCCAAGCGUCUGACAGGAACCAGGGUGACGGUGAACUCUCUGCACCCCGGCUCUGUGAAGUCUGAACUGACCAGACACUCCUCAUUGGUAGGCAUCAUCUGGAUGCUCUUCUCCUUCUUCAUCAAGACCCCCUGGGAGGGAGCGCAGACCAGCAUCUACUGUGCCGUAGCGGAGGAGCUGGAAAACAUCUCGGGGAAACACUUCAGUGACUGCAGCCCUGCAUUUGUCGCUCCUCAAGGUCGUAAUGAAGAAACAGCGAAGAGGUUGUGGGAUGUGAGCUGUACCCUGCUUGGGGUGCAGUGGGAUUGAACCCUUGCAUUGGGCCUGGGCCUUUGAAGAGUUAGGAGAUUGCUUUCUUCUUCAUUUACUAGCUCUGGAGUUUCUAAUUCUAAGGGAAACAGACCAGUUUUGGCUGAUGCCUUCACUGUUGCAAGAGUCCAAUCUGUUUUUGGGGGGGGGGGUUAUGUUUCUAGGAAUUGGACGUUGUGAUGUUGGUUUUACUAUAUAUUAGGCAGGGUACCUAAUCACAAAACACCAUGAAAACAGAUAAACUCUGUACACUAACCACAAUGUAUAUCUAUUACCUUAAUGUAUACAUAUGAUACGGUUAUUUAAUUUGAGGAAAUGGAUGUCUGCCUUGAUUUAUGAAGAAUCCCACUUAGUCUCAAUGCUAUUAUGUGAAUUAUUAAAUUACACAUCAGUGAGGUAAACUGAAUUGGUUCAACUGUAUUAUUGCUAAUUGAGCUCCACAACCUGUCUCUUUAUUCAGAGCUGUUAAUGGGUUUGAACAGAUUAAGGGCAACUUGUAGCCUUAGCUGAUGCAGUCAAAGUGCAACAAAUCUAUAAACCAGCUAUUUCCCUGUUAAGUAGCUAGUUUCUUCUAAACAAUACAGUUCAAGACAUAUUUUGGGUAAAAGUUAUAACUUUUUUUUUUUUUUUAAUUCUAAACCCUAUGUUUAAAAAUGCACUUAAAUACAUUAUUUUCACCGACUCAUUCCAGGAAUGCUUUGAAGAAGCUUUAAAUUAUCUAUAUACCUGUUAUAAAACUGAAAAUGCACUUAAAUAACUAAUUUUAUUUGACUCAUUCUGGAUUAUAUUAAUGUUUUAACCACUCUUUUAGCAGUUCAUUUUUAACCAGCUCCCAUAAACUGUUAAAGCUGCAGUUUCAGUCAAGUUCCGCUCCAUAUUACAGUACAGUGAUUCCUGAGUAUCUGGUCCAUAUAUCCUUCUGCUCUUAAGUAACCAGACCUUGUUGCCUGAUCAGUUUGUUUCAUCUGCAGGCACACACACGUCCGCCUCAGUAAAGCACAUGGAACCAACCAGGCAGUAUCCUGCUAUACCUGCAGCCCACUGAGGUAUACAGUGCUGUUCUAUUCCAGAGGCUGCUGACAUUAACUUACUGUACCAAUGUAGUCAAAUGUAUGAAAAUGAAGCAGUUGUAAUAAAAAAUAUACACUGUGAUGUA